CUAGGCACGCGCACGAUAUUAUUUUGCAUGGUAUUUGAGUGUGUUUGCAGUUUCAAAAUACGAAAUAAUUUCGAUGGAAGAACAACAGAUUCAGCUGCUAAAACAGUUUGUGCAAGCGGUCAAAGAAAACCCAAAUAUACUUCAUGAGCCGUCCUUAAAGUUUUAUCGAGAUUGGCUGGAGAGCCUUGGAGCUAAGAUCCCUCCACCUCAAGAGACACCAAAGGAACCUGACACACCAACACCUGCUGCUGGUGAGAAUGAAGAACACAAGACUGAUGAGGCUGGUGGUGCCAGCGAAGGGAAAAAACCGGAACCAGAACCGGAACCAGAGCCAGAGGAUGAAAGUGAGGAGAGUGAACUUGAAUUUGAUAUGGAAGGAGUCGUAGAAGGGGACACAGAGGAGCCACAAGAAAUGGGUGAUGACAGCAUAGAGGUCACAGAGGAAAUGAUGGAUGCUGCGAAUGAGAAACGAUCCGAAGCUCAGAUGGCAAUCAGCGAGGGAAACCACGAAGAGGCCAUUAAGUUAUUUACAGAAGGAAUCCUGCAAAAUCCACACUCAGCCCCCUUGUUUGCUAAGAGAGCAAAUUGCUACCUAAAAUUAAUGAAACCUAACGCUGCAGUACGAGACUGUGAUAGAGCUAUAGCCAUCAACCCAGAUUACGCAUUGGCCUACAAAUGUCGGGGGAAGGCAUACAAGCAGCUUGGACAGUGGGAGGAAGCAGCCCAUGAUUUGCAGACGGCCAAUAAACUUGAUUUUGAUGAGGAUAUUUAUAUGCUUCUAAAAGAACUACAACCGAAGACUACACGUAUUGCUGAACAUAAGAGGAAGUACCAGAGGAAACGCGAGGAGAAGGAAUUGAAAGAGAGGAUGGACCGAGUAAAGAAAGCAAAGGAAGCUCAAGAAAAAGCAAGAAAGGAAGAACAGGAAAGACGACAACAGGAAGCUGAAUCUGGAGGCCGAUUCCCGGGUGGUGGCGGUGGCUUUCCUGGAGGUUUUCCUGGUGGUUUCCCUGGUUUUGGAGGCAUGGGAGGAGCCGGUAUGGGAGGUGCCGGUAUGGGAGGAGCCGGUAUGGGAGGAGCUGGCAUGGGAGGAGCUGGUAUGGGAGGAGCCGGUAUGGGCGGAGCCGGUAUGGGAGGUGCUGGUAUGGAUGGAGCCGGUACAGGUGGUGCCGGUAUGGGAGGUGCCGGUAUGGGAGGUAUGCCAAAUAUUAACCAACUGCUGUCAGAUCCGGAGAUUAUGGAAGCAUUUAAGGAUCCAGAGGUGAUGGCUGCCUUCCAGGACGUCAGCUCAAAUUCUGCCAACAUAUCCAAGUACAAAGACAACCCUAAGGUCAGCGCCAUCAUCGACAAGAUGACAAAGAAAUUUGGAGGAGGCGGUAGCGGAGGAGCAAACCAACCACCCCCACCACCGGAAUGUGAUUGAAAACAAGACAACAAAAUGAUGUAAUAUUAUAGGCCACCAUAUAUGGUAAAAUUAAUAAAGAUAUGCAAAAUAUCUGGGUUUUCGUUAAAUUUGAUAAUUGUUAAAAUAUUCAAUUUAAAAAUUAAGUUUUUUUUUUUUUUAUUUUUUAACAUUUUAUAAUUUAUAAUUUCAUCAUGAUGUUUAAUUUAUGAACAAAAUCGGUUUGGCUUUGUAUUAUGACUGUUAUUAUAUUGACUUCUUGGAUUGAUUGAUCGGUUGGUUGAUUGAUUGAUCGAUCGGUUAAUUAAUUGGUUGACUAUUGAUUAUUUAAUUAAUUGAUUGAUUUAUGUUUUUAUGUUAAAGGAAGUAAAUUCAUGCAAGAGCAACACAUGUACCAUUUUAAUCAUAGUAAAAGUGGUUAACAUCUAAUCGGAAUACUACAGUAUAUUGACCCAUCACCCUUUUGAUGAUAGUAUCGAUAUUAGAUAAGAUAAACUUAGCUGUCAUGACCACAUAUUAUGUUUAUGUUUUACGUGAUUUUACUGAAUAUAACAAGGAUUGGCCAAGGUUAGGGUUGGAGUGCGCCCUCACGAAUAUACUGAAAAGAAUAGGCAUUCUAUUGUUUAAUCUACUGUUUAAACGUCAGUACUGCAUAAUGUUUUUGUUUUGUCCGACGCAACCAACUAGAGUUUGAUGGGAGUACAAGACAUUAUCAACUUCCGUAGGAGUGGCGCGAUUGGGUUGGGUGUCAGUAUUAAAUAAGCAUUUGAAACACCUAAAUGUUCAUAUUUUCUGGGGACCACUUCUAAAACAUUUAUGCGACUGACGCCCGACCACGCACAUUUUGAUCUCAUCUGGGACAUGGGAACCUACCUCGCCCCCUCUUCACUCCGGUCAGGGACCUGGGAAAUAUUAGGCCUAAAAUUAUGUAUAUCUGGCUUGUAAUAAAUAACAAUGAAAGUUGGUUUGAAAUUGAUUGUCUAUAAUCCCAGUAUUGUUAGGCAUGGUAUGUACAGUCAUAACGAAAACUUAAACUUAACUUUCGAUGCUCUUUCUUUUUUGUUUUGUAUCUCUCCGUUGCGCUCAAUGAAAGCAUUGAUUGACCAAUUGUUUAUAGGCCAGUCUUUAAUUAGUUGAUGUGAUGAUGCGUACAAACGUAUAUUGUAUCAGAUUUUAGGGGGUAGGGUAGCUCCGUCAUCUUUUAAGUAGCUAUUUUGUUAGAUCGUAAAUAAAGGUCAAAUUGUUUUAAAAUGUUGAUCUUGUUUCGUCUUGAUGCUUCACAGAUGGGAGUUUAGACAACCUCACCCCCACCAUAGGUUGCUUGCUAAGUUAAGAACAUGGAUAUGCAACUCUAGAUGCAGAAUAAUAAUAUUAAUGGUAAUAUGUAGGGCCACUAUCUAUAUAAUGUGAUAUUUGUUCUUGGUGGAAUCCGAUAAUUGCUUACAACUUGACUACAACUAUAGGCCUAUACAUUUCAGUUUGUUAAUUAACCUGAUGCUAUUCCGAAAUUUGACUCGAGUUGGAUUUGCAUGUUUUUAUUAUGUUUGUUAAGUUUCUUGUAGAGCUCAAAUUCAUUCCUAUGUAUGUUUUUCGUGCAAAUAUUGUGCGGUGUUUGAUGAAUCAUCAAUAAAUCGAAGGUACUUUUCAUGGAA